GUUGUAGUUGAGCUUCGACAGAAAAGUUUGAUAGAUAUUUUUAAGAUGGAGUCUAAAUUCGUGAUUUUUUUGUUGUGUGUCUUUAUGGCUGACAUGACUGUGGUUAACAGUCAAGGUAAAAAAACUACGGUGAGUUUGUCGUCUUGUGAUAUCUAGCCUCCAUUGUAUUUAUGUACGGAAUAUAUUUUCUAAUAAACUCAACCUAACUUUAUUUACACCAGAUAGCUGUAUCAGUUCUAAUUAAACUGUCCGCUAGUGAAGCCUGCAGAUAAGAGCAGUCGUUUAUUGUUGGCACUUUAUUUUUCCUGCCUUAACAUGAAUUCAAAACAAACAAUCAUAUGAAAUGAUUUUAUUAUGCACUAAAGUCAAACUUUAGUCAAUUCAUGCAGAGAUUUUAGGCCGUUUUUUCUCCGCGACUUUGUCUCCAUUUCUAUUUUCUAAUAUAGUACCCAUUUCCUCAACUGCGUCUCGAACUGCACACCGUAUUCACUCGUUUAGGCCGCGCGGUGCUCUUUUUAAAAUGUUUAGUGUUACAUGAUGCGGCGCUUAUUUGAGGGCGGCGACGCUCUUUAUGGGGGAACUGAUAAAUCUAUCCAAUAUAUUAAAAUUAGUUUCUUUUGUUAAGAGUUUAGAAAGAUUUGUUUACAGCUCUUUCAUAAAGCAGUGGUCUGCGUCAUUAUAUCACUUAAAUAUCUUUAUCACAUAUCUUUGUCUUUUCAGGCGACCUGUGGUUCUCCAGGUAUCCCAGGAAUUCCAGGAAAUCCCGGACGAAAUGGCAUGCCUGGAUCACGUGGUUCUGCUGGCGCAAAAGGAGACCCUGGGGAGAGAGGAAUUUGUGGUUCUCCAGGUAUCCCAGGUAUUCCAGGAAGUCUCGGAAUAGAUGGCAUGCCUGGGUCAGAAGGUCCUGCAGGAGCGAAAGGGGAGCCUGGGGAGAGAAAAAGUGAUUACGUAGAUCUGGUGAAGUCAAAUUGGAAACAAUGUGUUUGGAAGAGAAGUGAUGGCAAAAACACUGGCUUGAUACAGGUUUAAGAAAUUAAUGAUUUUAUGUAUUUAAGUAACAAUGUCGAGUGCGUUUUUAAGAAGAACCGCAGGCGAGCCUUAUUAAGGUACAGGGAUUUUGACAUCCUGCUAAGUCCGAAGUUGAGUAUUUAAACUGAAUUCCGUCAAACGAUGUAAUUUACAUAGUUUUAUUUAAAAUCUCAUUUUAAAAUUCUAGUCACUUUAGUGUCCUGUAGAACAUCUUUCUAUUUAGUAGUUUCUUCUGUGAAUGAAUGAGUUUGACAAGAUAUUCUUACGACGUACUUUGGUAGCAAAGCUUAAAUGUUUAGUUUACACUUGGCUAAGUUUCCGGCCAAUUUUAUAACGGCGAAUUCUUACCCUGCAACUAAACCUUAACCAUUGCCCUAAUCCAAACCUAAUUCCAACAAAGACCGGCCAAAUCUAAAGAUAACUCUAGUUCCUAGGAUUAGGUAAUGAUUAAAAUUAUUAUAGUAGUCUAAUCAUAAUCCUGACGGGUUACCCUAAUUCUAAUCCAAAAGGAAUCCCAUUUAAUUCUAAUCCUAAUCUUUUCAACUAAUCUUUAAAUUAAUCCCAAACUAACCAUACUCGAAACCAACGUUCUAACCUUAACCUAAUCCUAAUAAUCCUAACCGCAAUAUAAUCCUAACUCUGAUCCAAUCCUAAGCCUUACCGUCUAAUUCUUACCGUAAGCAUAAUGCGUUUCAAGAAGAUAUUCUUAUACAAACCUUAACAUGACCCUAAUCUAAUCCUAACUCAAAUCCAAUUUUAAGCCUAAUCCAUACCGUAAGCCUAAUCUAAUCUUUUUUUUUUAAUUAAGUUCGCCCAAAACAUUACAUGAGAUAAUAUAGUGCUAUUGAAUAUUUAAUAUUUACAAAUGUGUGCUAGGAGCCUACUAAAAACCAUAUGGCUUUUAUUUUAGGCCCCUAGAUUAUGAAUUAAAAAUAAUUAAUAAUUAAUAUAAUGUCAGUUCGAAUAUUUUUUUAAAGAAAAUACAAAGUCAAAGGAUAUACUAAUAAUAUAUAAAAAUAGUUUGGAUGUAUAUUUACAAUACAAUUUUGAUAUUGUAUAUUAUUACAGGGUUAUGACUGACAUGUUGUAUAUCAAUCUAGCUGUGAGAAGUAGUUUUUGAUAAUUUUUUUGAAGGAAUCAUAAGACCUUGGUUUUUUAUAUUGUUCGGAAAGAUUAUUCCAUACUUUUAUACCUUUAUUAGCAAGGGUAUGUUUUUCAUAGUUGGUUCUACUGGACUUUUUGUGUAGCAAUGAAGAAUUUCUUGUGUUGUGAUUGUGAAUUUCCUUAUUAGUAAAGAAAUAAUUUGUGAAUAAUUCUGGCAGAUUUUGUAGAUGGAAAUAUCGGAACAUGAAUAAACUUGUUAAAUAAUCAUUAAUUUUGUGUAGAUUUAGUAUUUUGUAAUUCAUUAAAAAUUGGUUCAGGAUGAUCAAAAUAAGAUUUGAAAGUCAUUAAUCUAACAAUUUUUUUUUGCGGUAUAUUCACUAACUUUUGAAUACGAGAUUUAUAGGUGUUACUCCAGAUUAAAUUACCAUAAGUUAAAUAUGGUUACCCUUUGUCUGUUCUGUUCAUAUAGAACUGUACUUUCAACAAGAAAUACGACAACACCUCACUCCGUGUGUUCUACGCAGGAACCCUAUACGUUCUUAUGGCAAUAGUGUUUGCAAUCGAUGGUAUUUUACAUUUGAUGGUGCAGAAUGUACAAAACCUGCGACUAUUGAAGGAAUUGUUUACGUUAAAUCGACCCAAGUCAACCCCUAUCGUCACCGCCAUAUUGAAGGCUACUGUAACCAGGUUCCUAAAGGUCACAUACGUGUGGGAUUCUGGAUAGGCAAGUGUCUGAGUGGUAGUCUCGGAAGUGCUCUUACCGGCUGGAAUUCCAUGUCUCGCAUGGUAAUUGAAGAAGUACCACCCCCUCA